AUGCCCACUCCUGGUCAAAAUAACGCAUUUACACUGGUGACAGGCAAUGAUUAUGUGAAGUCUUUGGAGGUUGAUGAUAUGAUACAACGUCUCAUUGUAGCUGGAUAUUCUAAUAAGGUUUCAAAAUCUGUUCCCCUAAAAAGCGCGGAAAUACAUGCUAUUUGUCAAGCUGCACGUGAUAUAUUCUUAUCACAGCCGGCGCUCAUUGAACUUUCUCCACCAGUCAAAAUAGUCGGUGAUGUUCAUGGUCAAUAUUCGGACCUCAUUCGGUUAUUUGAUAUGUGUGGGUUUCCACCUGCAGCAAAUUAUCUAUUUCUCGGCGAUUAUGUGGAUCGUGGGAAGCAGAGCUUAGAAACUAUACUGCUUUUACUCUGUUACAAGAUUAAAUACCCGGAAAAUUUUUUUCUACUGAGGGGUAAUCACGAAUGUGCAAAUGUGACAAGAGUAUAUGGAUUUUAUGACGAAUGUAAACGUCGAUUAAGUCUCAAAAUAUGGAAAGCUUUUAUAGGUGUGUUCAAUUGUCUACCAAUUGCUGCCAUUGUGGCAAAUAAAAUUUUCUGUGUACAUGGUGGUUUAUCGCCUUCUCUCUCAUCUAUGGAUGAGAUUCGAAGUAUUCAACGUCCCACUGACGUUCCAGAUUAUGGACUUCUAAAUGAUUUAUUAUGGUCAGACCCUUCGGAAACAGCUGUAGAUUGGGAGGAUAAUGAGCGAGGCGUUAGCUAUUGUUUCGGCAAAGCAAUUAUUAGUGAAUUUUUGCAACGACACGACUUUGAUUUAGUAUGUCGCGCCCAUAUGGUUGUUGAGGAUGGUUAUGAGUUUUUUGACGAUAGGAAACUGGUAACUGUGUUCUCUGCUCCAAAUUAUUGUGGAGAAUUUGAUAACUUUGGGGCAGUGAUGAGUGUGAAUGAGGAACUUUUGUGCAGUUUUGAACUACUUAAGCCACUUGAUGCUUCAGUAAAAAUACAACAACAAAUUAAACAAAGGCGACGGCCAAGGUAUGUGAAUUUUGAUACUGCGAAAACUUAG